CCAGGCUCUGUAUUUUUACGCACUGGCUGGUUGUUCUAGUUUCACAAAAUUAGAGUAUUAGUCCAAUUUAUUCCUACAACUUCGCUAGAUUUCCUCCUCCUUCGCACUUACCUUUUUACUGCAUAGACACCGUUUAUUUCAUCUGGCAAACACAGUUUUCCGAAAAUGGUGGUUCUUCCGGGCGCUGACGAGAUUCCGGAUGAGGAGCGGAAUAUGUUCAAGCGGAACAAAGAACCCAGGUUCUACGAAAAUGACGUGCCGAAUGUAAACGAGCUGGUGAUGGUGAAAGUGCUUCGCGUCGCAGAAACGUCCGCCUACGUGCAGUGUCUGGAAUACUCAGGUCCGCGGUUUUUUUCCGACAUUGGAUCGGCAUGAUUGGACAGUGAAAUAAUGCACAUAUAAUCUUCUUGCUAUCGGAAAUUUCUGCGGACAUUUGUUGAAAAAGUUUUCUUCUAUUACCAUCAACAACAGGUCUGGAGGGUAUGAUCCUGUUUUCCGAAGUCAGCACAAGGCGAAUUCGAUCCAUGUUGAAGGAGAUUCGGGUCGGACAAUUUUGCGUCUGCUUGGUGCUCCGUGUGGACAAGGAAAGAGGUAUUAGGUUGAAUAUUUUAAUAUUUCACGACGUUAUGAGAAGUACUAACUCACCUCCUAGGAAGCUGAAUGCACAACUUCCUUUGUCUAACAGCCGCGUUUUUUUGCAUGGAGUAUUUCAAACAAAUUCUACAAAUUUACUCAGGUCACUUGGAUAUGAGCCGAAGACGUGUGAAUGCCGACGACCGAGCAACUUUCUUGCAGAGAUACACCAAGUCAAAGUUGGUCCACUCCACGAUGCGACAACUUUCUGCCGUGCACCAGAUUCCGUGCGAGGAGCUGUGCCAGAAAAUCGCAUGGCCGCUGUACAAGAAGUACCCGCACGCUGUGGACGCGUUCAAACAGUACUUCUGAUGAUUUUUGUUGGCAGAUGAUGUUGAUGGCUGCAACUUGCAAGUGAUUCACCAGGAAGACGUUUUGCGCGGUGCAAAAUAAUAAAUUUCUUCGCAUUCUCUUCGCGACAGAUGGGUACAACUAUCGGCAAGGUGUCGUGCGGAUUUUUCUACACGAUGUCAUGAAGAUUCACAAAUAAAUUCAACAGCUACAUCAACUCCAGAGAUGAAGGCAUUUUUGGGGACAUGGAUGUCCCAGAAAAGGUUUUCAAGAACAUGCUGCAGAUCAUCGAGAAGAAGCUGACCCCGCAGGCCAUCAAGCUCAAAGCAAAGAUCGAGGUAAUAGAAUAGUGAAUAGAGCUACAACUUGUUGUAGUUUCAGCAACGAUUUUUUUUGUUUUUGCGGUAGAUGAUCAACAUCCUAGUAUGGGGAUUGGGGUAGAAGUAGUAGAAUCGUUUUUAUAAAGUUAUCCAAUUUCAGGUCUACUGCUACGAAAUCGAGGGCAUUUAUGGAAGCGUCAGGUUUGAAAUCGUCAAAGUUGAAAUAAUUUGUGAUGCGUAAAACGGGCACCAGUUGGCGCCUAGUUUUCAAGUGGCGCAUGACAAAUUGUCCGAGCACCGGAAUCCAAUUUGUCAUGCUGUUUGGGCACAGAAGACUGCCUUUGUCAUGCAACUUCAGCAGCUCAGUUUCUACACCUCAACAGGCUUACAAUCUGCCUCACUUGCCUACUCUGCAAGACAGGAAAUUUGUGGGCUACAUUUUAUGCAUCACAAACUCUUUCAACUUUGUCGAUUUCAACUCUGACACAUCCAUAGCAUUGAUGCCGUAAAGGAAGCCCUUCUCGCGGGACUGGAUCAGUAUCAAAUGCAAAAAUGUCUGGGUCUGGAAGAAUCCGAAAUUUGUUAUGCUGUUUUUGCAUGACACAGAAUGUCUGUCAUGGCAGCCCUACCAUCACAGAUUUUCAGAGGCCUUCCUGAUGCCUAUUCCGCAUGACAAAUGCCUUCCAGCACGCGUAGCACAAACCGGACUCCCCUUGCUGGUCAUGCAAUACAAAAUUUUUUAGAGUCCAAAGUUAGCAUCACAAGUUCCAACCUUCCAGACCCAGACACUUUUGCAAUCCAUAAUCAGGGCGAGGCAGCGAAAGUAGAGGGGUCAACCAUGGGGCAGAUUGCCAUCAAAGUGGUCGCUCCACCACACUACGACGUCACCACGCAAUCGGUGGGAAAGGAGGCCGGCAUGCAAGAAAUCGAUGCUGCGCUGGACCGUAUCAAAUCAACCAUCGAAAAGAAGGGAGGUAUACAUACGGUUAAUUUAUUGUUUUCCACCACGGGGCCAAGUUCAUGCAUUUGCAUUCAUUUUUUCAUCGCACCCCCGAGAUGAAGUGCCAGAGUAGCUUGGUUUGUUCCACCCAAAGGCGCGUCAUGAAUUUUAUCUGUAAAAACCUCCACAUAAGUAAAAAUGUUGUUGUCUUCAUCACCAAACACAGGCGUUUUUGUCCUGAAGAGCAAACCCGAGGUGCAGGAAGGCGGUGACGACGAAAUUCUGGAACGCGACGUUGCCUCCGACGCCGAAAUAUGGAUUGCAAAAAUGUCUGGGUCUGGAAGAGUGUAAACUUGUCAUGCAGGUUUUCCAUGACCCAUGAGGUCUGGCAUGCGGGACCUAGCAUGACAGAGUCUGUGAGGUCUCUGCCAUGCCUAUCCUGCAUGAGAAACUCCCUCCCAACUUGGUCGAAAGUGGACAGCUUUUGGCAGUCGUGCAACACAGAUUUUUGCAUGAUUCGGCUUUAGCAUGACAAGUUGCAAUCUUCCAGACCCAGACAUUUUUGCAAUCCAUACGAAAGGGAUGACGACGAGGAAGACUCAGACGAGGAACAGGACGAGACCAUGGGUAACGUGGACUUGUCUGCUUUCGCAGAUAAAAAACCGUGAAGGCCGCACGACAUGGAAGAGAGUAUGUUGUCUCACCCCAAGACAGUUCGUCGUGGGCACAGUGAAAGAACCUGCGGACUGUCGCAAAAAUUCUUGUUUCCAAACAAGAACCAUACGUAAUACUUAUCCAACUACGCAGCGCGCUAGCUUCAUUUUUCAUUUUCAGAGUCGACGACCGAAGGGUGUUUGCAAUCGAUGAAAAAAUGUGAGGAAAUGACAUG